UGUAGGGUGUUUUCUGUGUGUCACAUGCUGCAACCAGCAACCAAUAGCAGAGUGAGCGAGUGCCUUCUUAUGUCUGUUCUGGCCUCUUUUUCUCCGUCUUUCUUUCAGAAAAUGAGAAUGUAUGUUUCAGGACCGAUUGGCUUUACAGGAAAUUCACUGUGUUUUUCACUUUCAUCUAUGAAAUUCCAUCGCAAGUGGAGACGCUAAGGACUCCAAGUUUAAAGAAAAGUGAAAAAAGGCACGUGUAAAAGUGGUAUAAAAAUCGUCCCAAUAAUGAUCUCUUCCCUCAGUUAGAACUGAUGCUCCUCAGUGUGCAAUUCUAUAAAUCCACUGGAAAGGGGUAGGGACUUCAUUUUGCACAAACUCAUACAAAGGCUGCGAUUCUGUUUGAGUUUUAAAAGGCAGCAUCAAAUAUAGUGUAACUACUGCAUCUAAAGUGAUUGCGACUUUACCUCUAAUGCAAGUUAUGUCACUGACCCAGGAGGGGUGCACCCAGUCAAGUAGUGUGUGUGUGUAUGUGUGUGUGUGAGAGAGAGAGAGAGAAGUGAGGGGAGCAUCGAUCCUGCUAUUCAUGCCCACACCUUCGUGGUAAACGUAAACCGCAGGCUUUGCUGGCACACUAAGCUGCCUUCAGGCUGGCGGUUCCAGUUGAGUAAAGGCGAUUCAUUUGUACUUUGCAGUCUGUGAGAGGAGGGCCGGCCGUACAUGUGUAAGGGAGGCAUCAUCUUUUGUCACUUUGUCUUGUAUUAUAUCUGGCUUAUAGGUGUGAUAGACGGAUACGGUUCUUCUGGGGAUCACCUUUGUGCUGCCACCUCCAACUAAUCCUCUCCCGGGUAUGUGGGGGGUCACCGUUCCCAAAACUCGCAAACUAUCGGAGCUCGGGGUUAAGGAUAGUGCCUGAUACUUAAGGUACGUGGUCACAACACUUCUGCAGUCUGCCUUUAGCAAGUUGUGCGCAGAUAACAUUUAAACUCCUGAGUCGGUGGUCUCUGACAGCCUUGAUUGGUCCCAGUGACGUUUUAACGAAGGCAGUGACUCCGGAUGACCAGAAAGAGAGAACGCCUUAAAGAGUACCUGGGAUUAAAAGGGCAGCUUGUUUCAUGCCUUGAGCAAAUGGAAAAAGCCCCGUGGUUUUCUGAAACUUUCGACACAAGUACUAGAACCACUCACAGUAGAAGAGCUUGUGACUGGAAAGGCAGCCAAGAGGAGUGCAUCUGAGACUUCCAGUCACCAGGACUGGGGCAAAUGACCACAAACAGCCUGCUGUCCACUUUUAGAACUUAGAGGGCCAGAUGGGAAUAAUAGACCGCGGCGGCACUGAACUAGAUCAGUUGACAACAUGAAGCCUGAUGCCUGAACAGUAAACUUUUAUUUAAUUUGCUCUUAAAAACGUGUUUCUUCUGGCUAGCAUCUGGUGUCCCUGCGUAUGCGGUUUUUCCCGUCUUGCAUGCCUUCACAUCAACACAAACCGGAGUUUAAAACCAAAACGCAGACUCAAAAAAAAAAAAAAGUGAAAGAGCUAAAAAUAAAGAGGAGGGGACCACUGGCUUUGUGGUUGAAGAGGCAAACUAUCUGAACUUCCCACUAGCUUCAUGAAAAAGGAAACCGACUUGCAGUUUUUUGACAUAUGGAUGUGAUUUUUGUCUCUGCUCUCAUCUUUCUGAACUACACAGAUGCAUAGAGAGCGCAGCACAGAGCAUGAGGGGGAAUUGCCAUCUAUGCAAGUAAACUCCUAGACUCUUAGGUCCCCUCCAGUAAAGGCAGAGAACUGGUGCAGAUAUAGGGCACUGGGACAUGAGGAAAAGGAGCAAAGCUUCACUAACGAGGGAAUGUCUCAACAGAUGUGAAACAGAGCCUUUAUUUAGCUAAGAAGACAUAUAAUAUUCUACAACCGGAAAUCAGAUCAAAAGACCCCAACAUCAGCCUUGGAUGUAUGAUCCUAAUUUGUUUGGAUAAUGGGAGCAUCUGCAGUUAUCCCCAGCCUGAGUUUAGUCCUUUACCUCUCCAUGAGUUGUGUUUAUGCUCUGGUUGAUGCCGAUGAUGUCAUUACAAAAGAAGAGCAGAUCUACAUCAUUGUGCAACACAAGGCAAAGUGUGAGGAGCGAUUACAAUCAACAGCUCAUACACCACUUGAUGACUUUUGUCCUUCAGAGUGGGAUGGCAUCGCUUGCUGGCCAGAGGCUACUCCUGGAAAAUUGGUGUCCAUACAGUGCCCACAUUACAUCCAUGAUUUCAACCACAGAGGACAUGCUCAUCGGCAGUGUAACAUGAAUGGAAGUUGGGAACUGGCACCAGGAAGUAAAACAACAUGGGCAAAUUACAGUGAGUGUACAACUCAUCUGGCAGGGGAUGCAGGUCACAAUCACAUCUUUGAUCGUCUCUAUCUGAUUUACACAGUUGGAUACUCAAUCUCCCUGGGAUCGUUAACAGUUGCUGGCAUUAUCUUGGGUUAUUUCAGCAGGCAUCUGCACUGCACAAGAAACUAUAUCCACAUGCAUCUGUUUGUAUCAUUCAUGCUACGAGCCAUCUUCAUCUUUGUGAAGGAUGUCGUAUUGUACACCGGAUCUGAACUGGAGGAAAUAGAGGGAAUUGCCAAAGAAGAUUUGGGAUCCAUAACAGAAGUGCCACCAAUUGAUAAAGCUCAGUUUGUUGGUUGCAAAGUUGUGGUAACGCUCUUCCUCUACUUUUUGGCAACAAACUACUUUUGGGUCCUGGUGGAAGGACUUUACCUUCACAUUCUCAUCUUUAUGGCCUUUUUUCCAGACAAGAAAUACCUAUGGGGAUUCACUUUGUUUGGCUGGGGUCUACCAAUGGUAUUUGUUGCAAUAUGGGCCAGUUUGAGAGCAACAUUAGCUGAUACUGGGUGUUGGGACCUUAGUGCAGGUGGUGUGAAGUGGAUAUAUCAAGUUCCGAUACUAAUUACAAUAGCGAUAAAUUUCAUACUUUUCAUUAAUAUUAUCAGAGUCUUGGCCACUAAACUAAGAGAAACAAAUGCAGGAAGAAAUGACACACGGCAACAGUACAGAAAGCUGCUAAAGUCAACACUUGUACUCAUGCCCUUAUUUGGAGUUCAUUACAUCAUUUUCAUGGCCGUGCCAUAUACAGAAGUGUCAGGGAUUAUUUGGCAAAUUCAGAUGCACUAUGAAUUGCUGUUCAACUCAUUCCAGGGAUUUUUUGUUGCCAUAAUAUACUGCUUCUGUAAUGGAGAGGUACAAGCAGAGAUAAAGAAGUCUUGGAGCAGGUGGACUUUAGCACUUGACUUCAAAAGAAAGGCACGGAGUGGUAGUACUACUUACAGCUAUGGACCCAUGGUCUCCCAUACCAGCAUUACCAAUGUAACCACCAGAGGAUCACUGGCAAUGCACCUGAACCCGAGACUUGCAUCAGCUGCACUAAAUGGGCACCGUAACCUGCCUGGCUACGUAAAAAAUGGCUCAAUCUCAGAGAAUUCUUUACCAUCAUCAGGGCCUGAACAGUCUAACAAAGAAGAAGACCAUGUCAAUGGCUCAGUGCCUUGUUACGAUGAAAGACCUACUAUAGAACUGGAGGAGGAAAGGGAGACAGUCAUGUAAUAUUUAUUGAAGACUCUUGCCAUAGGCAAUGGAGUGCCAUUAUUCACCAAAGACUUUUAUUUAACAAACUUCUUCACCUCUGCAUAAAAGAGGACAAGCUAUGUAGAUCACAAACUGAGAAUAUGUUGUACUCCUGCAUAUAGCUUGCUGGCACACCUAAGUAGGUGUUGAACUCCAAACUCAAGACAAACCUUUUAAACCUCUGAGUUGUUUUAUUACUUCCAUCAUUUAAAUCACAAAAAAUUUUUUAAGCUGCACACAGCUGCAUUGCACCCUUUGAAUUUUGAUCCCUCAUUAUACCAGAGCUUAACAGAAAAAGCUUAGUGAAGACUGACUUUAAACACAAUGCUUUUUAUACGUUGUGAAAUAAUAAGACAGCUAUACCAAUGCCACAUAGGAUGUUUAUAACAUGAUUGGUAAAAAAGCAAGUUAUUUUUUUAACUGUGACCAUUUUGCAUCUUGGUAUGUGUUCAUUUUAUGGGACUACAAUAUAUAGUGAAAUUGUCAUGAAAAGGAGUCUAAAUUUAUUCCCACAUGCCAUAACUAAAUACAGAAUUUGCAUUGAUAAUUGCUAAUGUCUUAUGACAUAAUUAAUAACAGAUACGUAUCUGAAAAAAAAACUGGAAAUGUACAGUAUUUAAUUCUGAUAUGUAUGUAUGAAAGAGGACAGGACAUCACGCUAAAAAUGAGAAAUGGAGGAUUAUCCAAAUUAUUUAGUAUGAUAAUCACAUAUUUUUCUCACUGUUACCUUUAGCAGGUUUACCAGCUGCUACCCUUUUAUUAUGUCAUAGUGUACCAAUCUUCUGUUCUGCCAUCUUGCAUUGCCUAACAAACUACAAAGUGUUUGGAAGAUGUGACGAUUGCUUGUAUAUAUCUGAAGUUGAGAUGAUAAACAUAUCGCAUGGUGGGUAACAAGGCAUAUUUUCUCAAAGAAAAUUUAAGCCAGUGAUUAUAUUUAAUUUAAAAAAGUUAUCAUGUUACCCUAAUGAUUAUAUAUGACUUUAGACUGUGGAAAAAAACAUAACUUUAGUGUUUAUGCACCAUUCAUUCUAUCAAACAUUUAUUAAUAUUAGUUCCAUGAGCCCGAAUGGGGUGUUAUCCCUUGAAGAUGCUCUGUUUAUGAAAUGUUGUGCAAUGAAGUUAAUUAUGCAAGACUGUUUCUAUAAUUAUUGUGACUCUAUUUUCUCGAUGAAGUUUGGAAAGCUUUUAAAUAUAGAGAAACAGAUCCUUUGUCUCAAGAUGUAACAUUCAGUCAUACCAAUCUUUAAGUGUAAAAUAUAUGCCAUGUUCUUUGUGUUAGUGACAGCACCUCAGAUAAAUGGAUAAAUAAUGAAUCAUUUCGCUAAGGAUGUGCCAGUAGUUUCAUUGUCAUGACAGGAGGGCAAGAGAAUUUUUAGCGCAAAGUCCCUUCCUGUACUGAGAUCAAGAGAUGCAUUUCAACCUGCAGUCCUGUAUUAUGUUAUUAUUGUGGUGCAUUUGUCUUAAAAUGAUAUACAAAUUAUACUACAUUAAUAAGUGAUGAAAGUGUAAGAUAUAAUCUGAUGCAGGCACAAGAUCUGUAUCAUUUGAUAUUAAAGUUUGUACCUGCAAUAUAUAUCUACGAAUAGCGCCAUCAUUAAUGUGACAUUCUGAAGUAUAUUCAAAAGCAUUUAUUGUCUCUACCUGUAUCGGUCAUAUUAGUAAGUGAUAAUACAGUCCUCCCUUGCAUAGCAUGGUGGCUUAAUGGUAGAGAUCUCUGUCUCACAGCGUCAGCGUAUGGGGUUCAGGCCUGACCUCCAGUCAUGGUGUAUAUGCAGUUUACAUGCUCUUCCGCUGUCUGUGGGGGUUGCCUCUCUAAAACAUGUUAGUGUAUUGGCUACUUUAAACUGUCCAUAUAUAUUGCUUGUACCCUUGCACUUGAGGCCCUGGUUAUGGGUAAAAAAGGGUUUGAGGAUCAAUUCACUUAUAUAUUUUUUUUUAACAAAUGAAUAAAUAAAAUAAAGCUAAACUAUAUUUUAAAAGCUGCAUUUGUACUUUAAGCAUGAUAGAGUCAACAGCUGUGUUAAAUGGUACCAUUAGAAGUGAUAUACUGUGGCUUAUGGCUUAUGCUUAAAAUAAGUACACCCACAUUUUGCACUGUAUGUUAACGUUCAGUCUAAACACAGAGGAGUGAGAAUCAAGUGUCACAUUGCAGAGAGGUUACCCUCCAUGCUAAGAGAAGGAAGUAUGAGAGGACAGUCAAUUUGGGAACUGUGACACAACAUACCUCACCAAGGGACAUGGACGUAUCUUUUCCUUUUGUGGAGGACAAUAAGAUCAUCCAAGGAUUUUGUUUUCUCAUGUAACUUCAGAAUGGUAACACCUGGUUAACUGAAAACAAAUGAAAUAUACGCACAUCUGAAUAUCUCAGAAACCUAACAAUUUUAUAUUAUCUUACCUUAAAUGUCCAGCUUCAACAGUAUUUUGUAGUAUAGCUAUUGUUAAACUGAAACAUUUGUUUCCUUUGAUAACCAUAUAUGAUAGGAUAGGGGUUUUGAUAAACAGAAGUACUGGGUCAUUCAUUUUUCAAAAUUUUCAAAUGCUUACUUUGUAUUAAGUCAAAUAAUUAUUAUAUCCCUCAAAAUGUCAUAAAAGUAUAAAAAAUUAUUUGAACCAGUCCUACAGGGAAGAUUGUAAACAUUUGAUUCUGGUCUCAAAACAUGUCAGGCAAACUAUAAUUUCUGCCCUAGUAAAAAUGAACAGAUAAAGCAUUUGCAGUGAUAAUUAAUUUAUUUAUUUGUGUUUCUUAUCUAGCAGUAUCCUCUUAGCAGUGCUCAUUUUUACAGGAGAACUGGGGAUAAAAGGCUCAUAUAAUACAUGACAAACUGUCAAGUAAUAACCCAUCUGUUAUAGAGAUAUUUAUAAUAGUGGUAUGUUACUGAAAGUAAGAUAUUUGCAUGUAACAAAUAGACACAGCAGCUGGAUUUUGGGCAAACAUUUCUUUUUAUAUGAUGCAGCUGUAAAACAUGGGUUAUGUAUGUGAUAUAAGUGUGAGUGCAUGUGAUACAGCUGAGAAAGCAUGUGAAAAUAUAUUCACAUGUAGCAUAUGUAUGUGAUAUAAUUGUAAGUGUAUGUGACACAACUGAGAAAGUGUGUGAAAAGAUAUUCACAUGUAGCACAUUGAAAGCAGUUGAUAUUCAUUUGAACAUAAAACAGAAUCUGUAAAAAUAAAUUUAAGUGACAUGAGCUGACGUAGCAUAUUCAAUGCAACUAAAAAUUUGGCUAUGCACAAAAUUCAGCAAAAAUAUUUUGGUGCAGCUAAUAUACUUUAGUUUUAACUCUUGAUGAAACAUUUCAGAGCUUAUCUAAUACUACACGUGCAACUGAGAUUUCCAUGAAAAAAAAACUAUGAAUUUAAAUUAAAAUGGAAAUUAAUAAAUAUAUAUACUCAGGUACAGCAUUCCAGGAUUUGGAUGCAACAUGCAUUGCUUCAUUGUAUUUAUUGUAAAUAUUGAUACAAUUAAUGGCAACCAUAAGAUUGAAAAAAAAAACAGAACAAAUAAAUGACUAUUUAGAAGCAAUUUUACAAUGUGUGGAGAAUAAACUUGUUUAAACAGA